UCCGGGAUGGAUUCCUUCUUCUUCAUCGCAACUGGGAUGUUGUGCUUAUUGACGGCGUCUGGGGACAGAGGCAUCGGCAAAGCCCGCAGCUGCUCGGAUAUCAGACAUUUUUACAGCGGGAAAGGAUUUCAUCUGGACGAUGUCCCCCAGUCGGAGAUAUCAGGGGAGCACCUGCGGAUCUGCCCUCAGGGCUACACCUGCUGCACCAGCGACAUGGAGGAGAAGCUGGCCACCCUGAGCCGCAGGGAGAUGGAGGGGCUGCUGAAGGAGGCGGGCCGGGCCCUGCAGACCUCCCUCAGCGGGCAGUACAAGGCCUUCGACGGUUACCUGCAGGAGCUGCUGAACCGCUCCGAGGUGGCCCUGCAGGAGACCUUCGCCCCCUCCAUGGGGCUGCUCUACUCCCAGAACGCCCCGGUCUUCUCCGACCUGUACAUGGAGCUGAGGCGCUACUGCAGAACCUCCAACGUCAACCUGGAGGAGGCCCUCAACGACUUCUGGGCCCGGCUGCUGGAGAAGCUGUUCAACCAGGCCAACAAGCAGUACAGCUUCGGUGAGGACUACCAGGAGUGCGUGUCCAAGCAGAUGGAGACGCUGCGGCCGUUCGGCGAUGCCCCCCGCGAGCUCAAGCUGAAGGUCACGCGCGCCUUGGUGGCGGCGCGCUCCUUCAUCCAGGGGCUGUUGGUGAGCGGCGACGUGGUGCGCAAGGUGUCCCAGGUGCAGCUGAGCCUGGAGUGCAUGCGGGCCAUGAUGAGGAUGACCUACUGCCCCCACUGCCGCGGCAUGGCGUCCGCACGGCCCUGCGCCAACUACUGCAGCAACGUGAUGAAGGGCUGCCUGGCCAACCAGGCCGACCUCAACACAGAGUGGAGGCAUCUGGCUGACACCAUGGUGCAAGUGGCGGGCCGCUUCGACGGGCCCACCGGCGUGGACGUGGUGAUCCUCUCGCUGCCCAACCGCAUAGCAGAGGCCAUCUCCACCAUGAUGGAGAACAUAGAGGCCGUCAACAGCAAGGUGUUCCAGGCAUGUGGGAGUCCCAGGGGGGGGGUCACCAGCACGACAGCCCAGGAAGAGGUGUCGAAAGGGGGGAAGAUUAUUGUGGAGGACAGGGUGGGGCCCAGCACCGGCAAACUAGAGCAAAUGGUGUUGGACGCGUCCAGGAGGCUGAAGGACAUGCAGCCCUACUGGGUCUCUCUUCCCAGCGUCCUUUGCAGCGACCGCAUGGCCACCGGGGCAGGUGCGGAGGACAGGUGUUGGAACGGGAUGAACCGCGCCAGGUACCUGCCUGAGGUCAUGGGCGAUGGUUUGGCCAGCCAGAUCAACAACCCUGAGGUGGAGAUUGACAUCACCAAACCAGACAUGACUAUACGCCAGCAGAUCAUGCAGCUGAAGAUCAUGACCCACCGACUCAAGAACGCCCUGAACGGCAACGACGUGGACUUUGUGGACACCAGUGAUGACGCCAGCGGUUCAGGAAGCGGGAUAUGCGCCGACGACUGCCCCCCGAGCCCGCGUCUCAUCGUCCCGAUGACGGAGCCCCCCAUGGUGUACGCCCGCCCGGAGAACGAGAGGGUGGUCAAGGGGUCGGCCAGCCAGAACCUCCCCUGCGUCCUCAGCUCCCUGCUCUCAUUGGCCGCGUUGCUGCUGCUGCUGUGGCGAUAAUUGACAGGUGGAAUCUGCCAAUCGGGACUGAGUUUGGGACACUGGGAGAGGGUUUGGCUUAUAAGGCAAUGCGGUGGGCGGGGUUUAAGAGGGGCGGGACAAGAAGUCUGGAGUCAGUUACUUUUGCCAAAACUUAACAGUUAUGAGGAAAGAAAAAAAAUAUAUAUACAGAUGGACAUCCUUUUGGGUCACGUGUUAGAACAGACAGAACAACGAGUAUUCCUAGUAUUCACAGUUUUUCAGUUCUGCUCUUGGUCUUUUUUUAUUUUGUGCUAUAUUAUGACACAAUUAGAGCUGGUCUUUUUGCAUCUUCUAACGUUUUUUGUUUCUGGGUGUGUGGGUUCUCCGGAGGUGAUGUGUGUGUACACGAGGCACGUGACAGACGGUACGAGCUGGGAUGCUAGCUGUUGGUUGGGUCGCAUCACGGGAGGGGGGAGCCAGGGGUUUCGGGGAGCUUCUGCAACACAGCUGAGCCACGUUGAUUAGUGCCACGUCUGUCAAAUUUAUAUAUUUACGAUUAUUUAUUUAUUAAUGAUUCUGGAAAAUUUGAGCGCCCAAGUGGUUUUCCCCACUCUGUAACAUUCAUAGAAAAAAAAUUAACUUUAAAUGGAAUUUAACCAUUGGCAAGGGGAUAAUCUGAACAUGGCCAUGGGUAAGCCCCGCCAAACCUCUUAAGAUAUUAAAGCCACAACAUCAUCACACACACACACAUACACAUAUAUAUAUAUGACCCCCUGCUACACACGCAUGCACGCACACACACACACACACACACAGACACACACACACACACACGCACUCCCCCCUGCAUCAGCACUUUGUGACGUUUAGUCAUGUAAGCUGUAAUAAUAGCUGUGAUCACACUCACAGAGACCACGGCCCCUCCACUGUGAAAGAAAUGUGACCCUUCAUCACCCCCCGCCCGCCACCCCCUAACCCUCAUCCUCAUCAUCAUCAUCAUCACUGAACCCCCCCCCCCCCAGCUCCACCCCAGAGCCCAUCCCCUACGCCCGGCCCCUGGGAGGAAGGCCCCAUGUAAGCAGAAAACAUGCUAGGCUAUGCCCUGUGGGUCUCGGGUGACCUUCCUUCCAUAGAUCAAUGUUUGGGGAGCUGGGGUGUGUCAUUUAAGAACCUCUAGCUGUCCCCCCUCCUCUCCUCUCUCCCUCCACCUUCCACCUCCCCCACCUUCCCCUGCCCUAUCCCCACCACCCUCUUCCCAUUCCCUGCCUAGUCAAGGAAUGAGAGUUAGAACACGGCAUUGGAAAUGAAUAGGGUUUCGAAUAAUGGGAAAAUCAAUGUUGUCACCAAAAAGGAGAAAUAGCAAGCGCCAGCAUAUCAGCUUUUUUUUGUUGGGUCAAUUGUAGGCAAAAAAACAAAAACAAACAAAAAUAAUGAAUGUGCUCCAUUGAUGUGCUAUUUCAUGAGCUCUACAGAGCCUGUAUGUUUGCAGGAAGAUACCAUAACCACAACCAGCGUUGGUGUAUAUUUUUGUUCAUAUUUUUUCAAACAAUGUUCUAUAUCAGAGCACAAGCCGUCUCACUACCCAGAGAGCUUCACGGUACUAUAACCACUUGUUCCAUCACAGACUGUCUACCGCUAUACAGAACGAACACACAAGCUCAUAGGACAUUCAAUCUGGCACAGAGAUGAAUAUAUGGCGUGUACCCCGGCCAUUUCAUCUAGCUCCUAUCUUCUCCUCCAGCUCACUGUAUUCCCUUUCCUCAUUUUCUUGCUCUAUUUCCUGUAUAUUUUUUUCAAUUGCGGGUUCUUCUAUUUCCUCCCCUCACUUCAUCGGUCUGCACGAACUUCAAAGUCGGUCUCCCUCACGAGGCACAGCCCGACAUAACCAUGACGUUGUGUUUGAUUUAAACGUAAACCCUACUGGGGAUUGUUUGGGCGGGUGGGGUGAUGCAACGUUAAGACCUCACUGAGCUGAAGAUCACUUUUUGGCAGGAAGCAGUGCCGGUGCAGAACUUUACUGAAAGGUCAGCAAUCUCAUUUGGAAAUGACGUGUGUUGAGGUGCAGGACAGCUGUGGAUGUUUGCUUGUAUGUAUUUCGGUAUGAAGGUAUGUAUGUAUAUGUGUAUGCAUACACGUUGUGUGCAGGCAUCAGUGUUUGUUGCUUUGUGUUUGAGAAGGUAAGGCAAAGAGAGAAGGAGAGGGGAAAAACAGAGGAGAGAACGAUGCAUCUGAGACCAGUGAUUUCAGUGUACUGCAUCAAUCUGUGAAGCAUUAGUUUGCCGAUUAUUAUAAUAAUUGAUUUUUGGAUGGAGGCUGCCAUGGAAGGAGGCCUUUGAUUCAAGGAGCCUAAUGUUUUAGCUUGGCUAACGAGGCCUGGGAGAUCGGGUUAAGGUUUUAAUUGUUGUGUUAGUCAUUCGAAUGCACAAUGGCUACGAUCGUACAGAAGUAGAGCGAGGGAGGUCGUUACACGCAUCAUUAGAUAAUCGGCUGGGGUCCUCCGUAUAAGGCUCAGACCAUUGCAGGGAGAUCAGAUCCUCAGAUGAAUUGGGAAUCAGGGCAUUGCGUGCGAUCCACAGCUGAACCCAGCCCACCACACCAGAGGUCUGGUUGACCAGACCUGCUGGUACCGGUUCCCAGCUGGACCGUCCCUCGAAUGGCAACACAAAGGAAAGAAGGGGCUGACACACGAACAGUGACGGUGCUGAGAUCUGCAAAUGUUCAGCAUCUGGUCCGCUCAACAAUAAGAUCUGUUUUUGUUCGCCUGCUUGUUUUCCACAGGGGGCUUGAGCUGACGCUAUUCAUGCCAAAUCACAGAAAUAAGAGCCAGAUCAUUCCAAUACAUUUAAAAAAAAACCCACAUACCUCCUGAAAAACUAUUCUUAAUAAAUAACCGAACAAGCAAAGGACUUUUACCACAGCUCAUGGAGGCGGAUUGGGAAGACAAAUAAGAAGAGCCGUUGCCUUCGCCUCCACCUGGGGAUAACAGCUUGCCUACUAUGAUUACCUGAUUGAUCGCACCUGUGUCACUGUUCCUUCGGAUUUUAGUCCCCUUCUUGCCAGGCGCCUCCCAACUGACAUCUGUUGGCAGAUAGGACCCUUGUCCUUGGCUGUCUCUCUCUCUCUCUCUCUCUCUCUCUCUCUCUCUCUCUCUCUCUCUCUCUCUCUCUCUCUCUCUCUCUCUCUCUCUCUCUCUCUCUCUCUCUCUCUCUCUCUCUCUCCCCUUCGUCUUUAUUUACUAUGUUUCUCAGGCCAUUUUGGUGCUCGAAAAAUGCGCUUUUGUUGUUUUUAUUUCUGACCGACCCCUGCUACGAUCGGUAUGAGCUGAGGCUAGGAGUGUACGUUUGUGUCUGAUGGAUGUCUUUGUUUCUUUAUUGAGAUGUCUCUUGGUCCCCGGUUUAGACCUUAGCCUGUGACUGCCUUUCGAAAACAUUGUUGUGGUUGGGGGUCAAUUCAAUAUCUGAUAAAAGAUAAGAAAGAAAGUAAGAUAAGGGGCUAUAGCUUCUAAGGGAACUCAUUGGUCACGGUGAUCUGCACUGAACCUGUGCUCUCCGGCCUCUCUGUCACUGUCAUAGGGGAAGGACCACAACCUUUUGUGGGGACAUUCCAAUAAAAAGAUCUGCGACUUACAGUAUGUUCAAUUGACAUCACUUUCAAUGGCUAUGCACCACGAUGUCAUCGGCCAAAAUUUGCACAACCCCAUUCCAACGUGCCCCCCCCCCCCCCCCCCCCCCCGCGCCUGGCCUUCCCACCCUCCAUCCUUUGGUCUUCUCCUGUCUCUCCUCUUCCGCUUUUGAUUUUUUUGUUUGCUUGUGCCACCACUUCUGUCCCCCCCCACCCCUUAAAUACGCUGCACUUUUAUAAGGCCAAUAUAAUGGCAUUGUCUGCACAAAAUAAGACUACAAAAUGGUGGAUCAAUAGCCGAGUCACGGGGCCCGUUCCAGAAAUGGUCAUUGAUUUGAGAUGUGUGUAUGCAGACAGAUAUGGACCAGCGAUGUCACACCUGUGGUGAAACGGCACACUAACACACACACACACACACACACACACACACACACACACACACACACACACACACACACACACACACACACACACACACACACACACACACACACACACACACACACACACACGAGGGGCCCUGGGGUCUGUCUGAGAUGCCAAGGAGCUGAAGGAUGUGGCUCCAAGGCUAAAUUCUGUGUGAUAUGUUUUCGAUCCUGCCAUGUCUUAGCGCGUGGUCAAGGAAAGCCACCCACUGAUCCUAGAUCUGACGACGAUAGACAACAUUACUAAUGAGUUGAAUGUGGCUGGAGAAGUGCCAAUUAAAGAAAAUACAAGUUUUGUUUAGUUUUUUUGUAUGUAAAGCCUAUGGAGGGUUGGUGUUUAUUGUGAAGAGAGAAUCCAGACAGAGGUUGGAAAAAAAAAUACAAAUGUGUCAUUUGCUGUCAUUUGUUCCCGGAAUCUAUGUCAAUUAUAUACAUUGUACAAUUUU